AUGGUGCUCGCACGCGCGUCUCUCCUGGUUUCGUUUCUCCAUGUGGCUUUGGUGCUGUCAAAACAGUGCAGGGAACAAUCGGUUCCUGUAGCCGUCAGCGCGCGGAAUGCUGUAUUCGGGAAGCAGGAACGUCUGGUGGACGACCUCGACGUAACUUUCUUCAUGCAAAACAUGACGACUCCAGGCCGCAACUAUACCGGAGAUGUCCUUACAGGAUACACGAGCAUUGAGGACACAUACAGCAUCUCCGAUUUGAUCAAAGGCAAAUACUGGGAUCCCUCGAUUGACCCCCAGCUGUAUUCGUACAUAGACAUCGCUACCGACACCUUCGGCUAUAGGACUGUAUCAUAUGACCGGCUUUCUACUGGCGACUCCAGCCGUCCAAACCCGUAUAGCGUAGUGCAGCUGGAAGUCGAGCUUGCCAUCCUCGACAAGCUGACUACUCUGGUCCGCACCGGACAACUCCUCGAUAUUGGCAAAUCCUCGUCGGUUGUUCACGUCGGCCAUUCGUUCGGCUCCAUCUUGACUUUCGCUCUCGCCGCGAAGUAUCCCAAGAACACCGAUGGCAUCAUCCUGACCGGUUUUAGUCAAUCGCCGAGCAAGGAAGCGUCGCUCAUCACCACUGCUGCUUUCAACGCGAAAAUGGCGCGCAGCGAUAAUUCAACUCUAUGGGGCAAAGCUGGUCUCAACCUCGACCCAGGCUAUCUAACGUGGAAUGACGUCUACUCCAACAUCAUGGACUUCUACUAUCCUCCCGGAAGCAUGCGUGACGUUCAUCGCUACGCCGAAGCAACUAAACAACCAUUCACUGUUGGGGAGUUGCUCACCAUGGCAUCUUCCCCUUCUAUGGCUCCCGACUUCACCGGACCGGCUAUGGUUGUUACUGGCCAGCAGGACGCGAUCUUCUGCGGCAUUAACUGCUACUAUACCGACGGAUUGCCGAACGUGUCGAGCAUUCCAGAGCUCACUGGACGAAACCUUCCGAAAGCGUCCGCAUUCAACGUGCUCGUCCAGCCGAACACCGGCCACGCCUUGAACCUGCACUUGAACGCGACCGGAGCCUUCCGCGCAAUCAACGAGUUCUUGGGGGUCCAUGGAUUGUGAGGCGCGCUGACUCGGAUGAUCGCGUAUUAGAUGGCAAGGAUGGAACGGUAUAUCAUGGUAGAAGACAAUAAUCUCGUGUGUGUAUGGUCAAGCCGCGUUUCAACUAGAGAAUCA